AGUUGCUGCAAGCGCGUUGUUAUUUUACAAUUGUGUGUGGUUUCUGGUCAUUUGGAUUGUAUGUUUUUCGCGUUAUAUUUAUUUCCUGAAUCCUGAAUUCCUGAAGAUGUGCCAGAUAUCUGCUCACGGCACCAGAGAAUGCGGCGUGUGAUGCCACUGGACCAGAAGGAGUGAGGAAGAGGAGACAAGGAGAGAGAGAGAGAGAGAGAAAACGAGUGAAAGAGAGAGGGAGUCUGAAGAGAAAGAGAGAGAGAGCCUGAACCUGAAGCCGUGACAGGAAAGGGCCAGAUUAAAGGGCAUCGUCUCGUCUGCGGAGCCAAAUCCCACAGACAGGAUGUCAGCGGCGGGCUCAGCCAAGCAGGAGAGGAGCGUCUGUGUUCUCCUUCCCACCAAGGAGCAGCUGGACAUCACCGUGGGGGUGAAAUCCACCGGACAAGAGGUCCUCAACCAGAUAUCCAAGCUCCUCUGUGUCAAAGAGCUGCACUUCUUCGGUCUCACAGUAGUCAAGGACAACGAACACAUAUAUCUGGACUUAGAGGAGAAACUAACCAAGUAUUUCCCCAAGGAAUGGAAGCAAGAGCCUGUGAAGGGCCCACAGAAACGGAUCCCUCUGCUGCUCUUCCUCAAAGUGCAGUUCUAUGUGGAGAACGGUCGACUCAUCAGCGAGCGCAAGGCACGGCAGCUGUACUUUGCGGACCUGCGGGAGCGCGUGCUGAGGUCAGAGUGCCGUCAGCAGGAGGAGGUCUACUUCCAGCUGGCUGGCUAUGCUCUGCAGGCUGACCUACCCGACCACCCCACGCACCACCUGACGGACGCGGGCACGUCAAAGGCCUACUUUCAGUCCAAGGAUUACUUCCCUCCAUGGAUAGUGGCAAAGCGGGGUGUUGACUACCUGUUGCGGCACGGUCCCAACAUGCACCGGGAGCUUUGGGGGAUGCCCGCACGUGACGCCGUUCUCCUCUUCAUCCGAGAGUCUUGUCGACUGGAGGACGUACCCGUGACUUUCUACAGGCUCCAGAAGGACAAGAGAGAGGAGAGGGGUUCCGCACUGCUGGGCCUGACUCUGCGAGGAAUGCAGGUUUAUCAGGAGGUCAACAACAUGCGUCAGCUGCUUUACGACUUCCCCUGGUCCAAUGUCGGGAGACUCACCUUUCUGGGAAAGAAGUUUGAGAUCCAGCCAGACGGUCUGCCGUCGGCACGGAAGCUGGUGUACUAUACGGGCUCAGCGUUCCGCUCGCGGCACCUACUGCUCCAUCUGAGCAGCAGCCACCAGCUCUAUCUCAGCCUGCAGCCAGCUCUCACACACCUGCGGCAGCUGGAGGAGAAUAAAGAGAAAAAGCGCUACCGGGAGUCCUACAUCAGCGACGACCUUGACCUCGACCCUCAGGGCAGUGACGGAAGCCCACGCCUGUCACGCCGAUCGACCAGCAGCUCGGGCAUCGAGGCGGACACACGGCAACGAAGCGUCUCCGUGGAGAUGACUUCGGUGGACGAGGAAGGGCUGCGGCAGACGGAAGAGAAGUCCUUCAGCUCGGCGGCGAGCCUGGGCAGCUCACACACCUCGGGCGUGGACACGGGCAGCAAGGCGCGCGCCGACGAGGACGAGUGGCAGGAGGAUGAGAUGCAAGUUCGAGUGAGUAGUCCUGGGGAGGUCUCCGUGGACAGUCCUGGCGAAGUCUCCGUGGACGACCCGCAGGAGAUGCUCCGAUUGGCUGAGCUGCUGGAGGGUGUGUCUGUGGACUGUCCAUCUUUCAUCUCCGAGAUGUAUUCUAGAGGUAUCAAAACGAGUCUUGUUGACGCGGCAGACGGUCAGCUGAAGCUUGGCAGCACUGAUACACUUGGACCGGUCAUGAGCUGGAAGACUCGAACGUGUGUGGAGCGCCACAGCCAGAGUCUGGACGACAUCCACCUCUUCUCCCCGUCGACGCCCCUGGGCAACGUCCCUCAGGCCAACACCUCCCACAGUUACACGUUUGGACUCCCCGAGAGCCACAUCUCCCUCAAGAGCCAUCAGCACCCGGUCAUCCAGUGCCCGGCCAAGCCUUCUUUCUACGGGCGUCGCUCCAUGAACUGCCUCUCUCUGGACCUGCUGGAGGACGAACAACUGCUGGAGUUAAUUUUGUGAGGCGAGAGGAGAGAGAGAGAGAGAGAGAGAGAGACAGAGAGAGAGAGAGAGAGAAUGAGAGAGUGAGAAUGAGAGAGAAUUUUUCAUGAAUGAAAAAGAAAAAAAAUGGACGAGGGGAGGGGGGCAGGCAAGAGAAAGACUAUUAACCCUUAGCAAACCCAUCACACUUGGUGUGUUGUACUAAGCAUGUCCUGGACAACUCACACACACACACACAGACACACACACACACACACACACACACACACACACACACACACACACACUCACACACACACACACACACACAUAUAUAUAUAUUCAGUGUGUGCUAUUCAGUGUGUGCUGAAUUGACAGUAUUGAUGAACAAUCCAUUUGUGUAUUUGUGUAUAAUGUAUUUACACAUGGGGUGGUUUGCAUAUGUGUCUAUGUGGAAUGGAUAGCCUGAACAUAAUGCCAUUUUUUUUAUCUGAGUGCCUGUCGGUAUCAUACCUGUCAACACUCCCGUUUUUCCUGGGUUCUCCCGUAUUUCAAGGUCAUCUCCCGGU